AUGCCAGCCUUCAAGGCGAAAUCCAGCCCCUCCGUCGACCGUCGUGAUCGGCUUACGCUUGCGAAACUGGCCAGCUAUGAUGAUGUCGCAACGGAUGCGCUUGUUGACCGUGCCUAUUUCUGGACCAACACCCGCAAGAACCGCACCAAGUACAACCCCGCCCGCGGCAUCAAGGACGAUGAGGUUGCCAGCAUCCUCCUCCACGAUGUCAUUGUCGGCAAGGAUGCGGCCAGGGCGGAGGCGAAGUUGCUGAACAUGUCCGGUCUAAAGAAAUACUUGGCCAAACUUCCCACCGACCGGGAGAAGGACUGGUUCCGUCGACACCUCCGCAAGUACAUCCAGAUGUAUCUCCCGGACUCGCCCUUUGAGGUGACUACGACCAAUCGCUACAUGGUGACCGAACACGAGGCUGCCAUCUGCGCCCGCAAAUUCAUCAAGCAAGGCCAGGAGAUCAAGUACCUCAGCGGGACCCUCGUACCCAUGACGCGGGAGGAGGAGCAGGAUCUCGAUUUGAAGAGGAAGGAUUUCAGCAUUGUCAUGUCGAGCCGGCGAAAAACGCCAUCUUUCUUCCUUGGUCCCGCUCGGUUCGCCAACCACGACUGCAAUGCCAACGGACGGCUCGUGACGCGCGGCGUGGAAGGCAUGCAAGUCGUGGCGAUCCGGAACAUCCACAUCGGGGAGGAAAUUACAGUUUCUUACGGAGACGAUUAUUUCGGCAUUGACAAUUGCGAGUGUCUUUGCUUGACGUGCGAGCGGGCAGUCCGGAAUGGGUGGGCGCCGCAGCUCGAUUCCGACGAGGAGAGUCCGGCCUCAACACCUGCCUUGACCGAUGACGCUCUCCUUUCGCCCAGAAAACGCAGACACGCCCCGGAUUCGGACUCGGAAAGCUCUCCGACAUCGAGCCCUCGCAAGCGUACCAAGUUCACCCGACAGAAUUCCAAGUUGCGAUCCGAGGUCGUGUUUUCCGACAUCACUCUCUCGAUUGAGUCCGCCGCGGAGCAGCCAGCGGGCGCCGAGUUUUCCCCCCAAGUCUUAUCGCUGCAACAUGCUACCGUUGCUGAAACCGUCAGCGACCACGUCAUCGACAAUAAAGAUGACAUGAAUACUGAAUCUACGGUUCAGAACACCACCGCCACAGAACCCGAAUCACCCGGUUCACUUGAAGCCGAUGAUUCACACCGCUCUUCGACCUCGACAGCUGCGACGUCCGUUUGUGACAAUGCGGUGCAGAUCAAGGUUGAGGAAACUACCGAGGCUUCUGUCCAGACAGCUACACUAGCUGUAGAGGGACACCUCGAUCUCUCAGUCACCGCUCCGACAGAUAGAGAACGACGCAUCCUGGGUACUGACAAUGAUGCCUUGUCGGACUUGUCGGAUUCGCUGGAGCUCGACGAGAAGCUUGGAACCGUCGUGAAAAAGUCUCGAAAGUCCCGAAACAAGGAAGUGGUCCCAUCCGUCGAGGUCGAGCCACCUCGUGCUCGGGUCCCUGGCGACUACACCAAGACUUCCAGACUGCUUGCACAGGCUUACGACCGCUGGGUUGAUUGCCGGACUUGUACCAAUUGGUUCGUUCAACAAGAUUCCUACCUGACGCGAAGAGAGUGCCCCCGGUGCGAACGGCACUCCAAGUUAUAUGGUUUCCAAUGGCCGAAGACCGACAAAGAGGGCCCAAUGGACGACGAAGAACGCGUGAUGGACCACCGUGUUGUGCACCGAUUCCUGUACCCGGAGGAGGAGGCGCUCGUCUCGCGCAAGGACCGCGGAUCCCUCGCCUACGAUAGCCCCCUCGUCACCCUUGACUAUGGAUCAUUUCAAGGUACCUACGACGCCACCUACAACCUCUCCUACUUUCGCAAGAUCCCCUUCGCAGCACCUGCAACAGGCGAGAACCGCUUUCGAGCACCCCAGCCCCCGUUGAACAUCACCAAUGGCACCUAUGACACCGACCAAUCCUUCGACAUGUGCCCUCAACGGACGGUCAACGGCUCCGAGGACUGCCUCUACCUAGGCCUCUACUCCCGACCCUGGGACACCGCCUCCACCACCAACCGACCCGUCCUCGUUGUCUUCUAUGGUGGCGGCUUCAUUGAAGGCAGUGCCCUCUUCGGCAUGCCCCCCAACUCGUACCCCGUCCUUAAUGUCAGCACCCUCAACGACUACGUCGUCGUUUAUUCCAACUACCGCGUCAACGCCUUCGGCUUCCUCCCCGGCCAAGCCAUCAAAGACUCGACCACCUCUGACCUGAACCCGGGACUCCUCGAUCAACAAUACGCCCUCAAAUGGGUGCAAUCCCACAUCCACCAGUUCGGCGGUAACCCCAACAACGUCACCAUCUGGGGUCAGUCCGCCGGUGGCGGGUCCGUCGUCGCCCAAGUCCUCGCCAACGGCCGCGGCUCCAACCCUAAACUCUUCUCCAAAGCCCUCGCCAGCUCCCCCUUCUGGCCCAAAACCUACGCCUACAACGCUCCACAAGCCGAGGAGAUCUACACUCAACUUGUCAACCUCACCGGCUGCUCUAAUGCAUCGGACACGCUCGCCUGUCUGAAAACCGUCGACGUCCAAUCCAUCCGCGACGCAAGCCUCAUCAUCGAUGACAGCCACACCUACACCACCAGCUCCUACACCUGGGCCCCUGUCAUCGACGACGUUUUCCUCAUCGAGCCCCUCACGACCGCCAUUGACUCCGGUGCCAUUGACACAGAACUCGUCUGGGGCAUGUACAAUGCCCACGAAGGGCAGAACUUCAUCCCCUCCGGCCUCGACUCCACCUCCUCUUCUGACGGGUUCAACUCCUCUCUCGCCAGCUUCCACGAUUGGCUCACAGGGUUUGUGCCCGGGCUCUCCUCAAAAGAUAUCGCUCUCAUCGAGUCCACAUACUACCCCGUUUCCGGGAGCGCCGAAACCCUCACAUACAAUACCACUUAUGUCCGCGCCGGCCUCGUAUUCCGAGAUCUCGUCCUCGCCUGUCCCGCCUACUGGGUGGCCUCGGCAGCCAAGGAACGGGGCUAUGUAGGCGAAUACACCAUUCCUCCGGCCACGCACGGGAGUGAUACUGUUUGGUGGGACACCGUCAACUCCGACCAAGAAACCGACCCCCUAAUCUACCAAGGCUACGCCGGAGCAUUCGGAAGUUUCUUCCAAACGGGCGAUCCCAACGCCCAUAAACUAACCAAUGCAUCUGAGCCCGGCGUCCCAGAGCUCCAAGACACCGGGGCCGAGUUUGUAAUUGCAACAGAUGGGUUCGAGAAUGUCGACCUGACACAGUUGGAGAAGAGAUGUGCGUUUUGGAAAUCAGUGGGGAAGGAUAUUCCGGUUUGA